CUGAUUUGUAAUUUUCGGUUUGUUUGGCUUCGUUUCCUUUGAUUUGCUUCAAAUUUUUUCUUCGUAUGUGGUUCAAACAGCCUAAUCUUGCUAAUGAUGUGAGUCUUAGGGAAGUCAUUUUGUAAAUGGCGGUCGGGGAUCAAAUUUUAGUGGUCGUUUCGAUUCUUGAAGGGAAAAAGUUCCCGAAGCGCCCCAGGCACAAGAUCUUAAUUGAGACAAAGUUUGAUGGAGAAACACUCUCAACUGAUCCCAUUGAUCACAGUGAAUCUCCAGAAUUUUCAACAGAGUUGGCAUGGGAACUGAAUAAGAAAAGCCUUCAUCAACAUCGUCUUCAGCGAACACCAAUAAAAGUCCAGUGUUAUGCACUGGAUGUCUUGACAUCACAAAAAGAAAAUGUUGGUUAUGUUAUACUUGAUCUAAGAAGUGCACCGCAAAAACCUGAGAGAGCUCAGUGGUACCCACUUCUGAGUUCAAAGUAUCAAAAGCUCAAGCCAGAAAUCAAACUUCAGUUGUGUCUAGAAGAUGACUCCCAGCCAAAACCUGCUGAUAAACCUCACCCUUCACCUGGGCAUCAGCAGCCGCAGCCAAAAAGAAAAGAACCACCACCAGCACCAGUUAUCACUUUAGCAAGUCCAGGCAACCUUCAUCCCUUACUAAACAAUGAUGAAGGAUUCUACCAAAUUGGUCCCAAAACUUCUGCUAACAAAGUAUUUGUUUUGUCUGUAACCAUUGGUUUUGCAUCAAACCUGGCUAAGCUCAUACCAUCAUCAUUCAAGCUAUCAGACCCCAAACUAGGUGGAGGAUUUUACUUUUAUUACUCACUUCUUGGUAACGAUGUCACUAAUGAAGUCUUCCAUGACCUACUGCAGCCUAACUUCCCUGCCGAGAGAGCAUCAGUCAGGAUCAAUAGUACCUUUGAAACUCUGAAGCAGUUCUUUACCUCCUCACACCAUGGCCUGGAGGUUCAUCUUUGCAGUGGAGACCAGUCACUCGGCAUGGCCUCAGUAUCUUUACAAAGCCUCCUAACACAGGAAGCCCAGUUGCUGGAAUCUCCAGCAGUCAUAGAAGCCUUGUUUAAACUACGACCAAUGAGCUCACAGCAGGAGAUGCCGUCUGUUCCAGAUGAUACAGAUCCAGUGGUGUGUGUUUCUGUAUCUCUCAGAUACGAACAACCAGGCGCUGGUGGCUUCUCCCCUGAUAGAGCAAAGAUUGGCUCAGUUGUUAAGACCCCAAAGAAAACUGAACAACAAAGAGGUCCACCCAAGACUCCUCCAAAACCACUACCAACCAGAUCUGAAAAGGGUCCAAUUAAUACAGGUGCUGGAACUAUGGCACCAAAUGUGAAUUGCUCUCCAAGCACCCCUGCCAGGCCAAGCACUAGUACCCCAGACAAGGCCACUAAUCAUGGGAGAGAAGCAGAAGACACUAAAGGGCAUGCUGUACCUUCACCAAUAAAGAAUCAAAAAUCUCCAAAACGACACCCCAAGAAGCAGCCACAUCCUAAAUCAACAAGUGCUCCAUCUUCUACAGCUAGCCAAGUGACAUAUGGCCAUGGAGGAAUGAGUUCAUCAGCUGAUCCUGAUACUCGGCAUUUUUGUUUCUCUAUUGACCUCAGGACCAUUAGUGAUUUGGACGUCAAUGCCCCCAUUAACUGUUUUCUUAGGUAUACCUAUCCAUUUUUUGGUUCAUCUGCUCCAGUCAUGACCAGUCCUCCAGUAGAGGUAUCCCGACACAUACAAGUACUGCUGCCCAAGUCAUUCUGUGCUUUUGAUUUCGCUGCUUCGCCAACGUUAUUACAGGAAACCUUUAUGGGGAUUCCCCUGGUAGUAGAGGUAUGGCACAAAGAUCAAAUGGCUGGAAACCUUCUUCUAGGCACGGCUACUGUUACUCUUGGACACAUUCUGGCUGUGGAUAGAGCGAAAAUGCUGAGUGGUGGUGUUACGGGAUACAGACAGAUCUACAGUGAAAGAGUUCCAGUCAUCACAGCACAUGAACCAACAAGAAAGAUCGGAGACCUUCAUGUCGUUCUUGGUCUGGAAGAUUUUGGUCCUGUCAACCCACAGCAACUCCUCGCAGCUCGUAGUGGUCUCCAGUCCUUAAGCAACACUACAUCUUCAAUUGAAAGUAGUCAAGCCUCGUCCGCCAUACCUCUCGCUCAACCCCAGCGUGUACCACCCCAUCAGCCUGAGCCUCCGGCAUUAACAGACCCCAGGGCUACUGCUGAAUACCAGGCCGCCAUGGAACUGGAACUAUGGAAAGAACAACAGGAGGAAAUCUUCCAAGCCCAGCUGCAAGAAAAAGAAACUCUUCACAUGAGAACACUAGCUGAAGAAUGGAAACGAAGAGACAAAGAACGCGAGCUUUUGGUCAAGAAAAAGGUAGAAGAGUAUUCCAAGUUAGAAGAAAAACUCAAGGGAACUGUUGCUGACCUGGAGAAACGAGAACGUCAACUCGCGGCAAACGAAGCCCAGGCCUUGCGUCUAAAGGAAGACCUUGAGCAUCAACACGAGAGAAGAUUACAAGAAGUCAAAGAAGCUGCUCGAAGAAUGAAGGAGGAUUGUGCUCACCAGGUCGAAAUGGAGAGAGGGAAAGUACGAGAUUUAGAGCAGCAGAAGCAAAGGCUGGUUGAACAGUUAUACGCAGCGGAGAAACGUUAUCAGGACAAGGAGAAUGAGUUCGUGUCUUACAAAGAAAAUCAACUCACUAAACCUGAAGUCAGAUUACAGUCGGAACUCGAUCUCUUGAAGGUUGAARAGGUUGAAUUAGAACGGAAGCUAGACACGGCAAAUAAAUCAAAGAUUCACUAUAAGCAGCAGUGGGGUCGAGCACUGAGAGAAGUGGCACGACUCAAGCAACAAGAACAAGCAUUGGCGAGAGUGAGGCUUAAGAAACAGGAACAGGAGCUGGAACGCAUGAGGCUGCGCUACCUGGCCGCUGAGGAAAAAGAGGUUGUAAAAGCUUCCGAGAAAAACGAAUUAGACGACAUCAAGCAAGAGCUAUUAAGGCUGAAGCAACAAGAACAAGACAAAUUACGGCUGUCAGAAAGUACGUCACAAAUUCAAGGACCUACUACUCAAAGACACCAGAUACACGAGCCACAUUCACAUCACUCAGGGAUGGGUUCCUUCAACGAAGCGCAAGAAGACAUUGACAAUCGAAUAGCAAAAUUAAUAGAAGAGAGAGACACUUUAUUACAGACAGGGGUCUACACGACGGAUGAUAGAAUCAUUGUGGAGCUUGAUAGACAGAUAAGAGAUGCUAUAGCGAGUAAAGGAUGAGGAAAGCUAUCUUGCUACAUUUUGGGGGGAGGGGAGGGAAGGGGAGAUGCCAGAAACAUUGAAUGAGAAAGAGAAAAAAGGGUUGACAUUGAAAGAAAUGAAAGGGAAGGAAAAUAAGACUAUAAAAAAGCUUAGGUGCAUACUUUUAAUUCAGUCAUUCCUUCAAUUCCUUUCUUCCCCAUUCCAUUCCAUUCCAUUCUACUCCAAGGUCGUAUCCACCAUAUUUCAUAAAGUUACUAAUCGUUCGAGGUAACGCGACUGGAGGAUAAUUUACCGUUCAUGGACUAAAAAAAUAUUUUUUAAGAAAGAAUA